GGAUUUACACGCAAAAUUGACACGUCACGUGACUCUUCGAUCAGGCUCCCGCCUCCUCGCAUUUGCAGUUUGUGGAUUAUAGCUGCUAGCGUUCCGUUUUGGAGAUAAAAUUAAGCGCAGUGCAGUGGAAACAAUGCCGAUGUUUGUUGUUAACACAAACGUGGCUAAAGGCAACGUGCCGGCGGCUCUGCUGACAGAAGCUACUGAAGAGCUAGCUAAAGCUAUGGGCAAACCUGCGCAAUAUAUUGCUGUGCACGUCAACCCAGAUCAAAUGAUGAUGUUUGGAGGAAAGGGAGACCCCUGUGCUCUCUGUUCCAUCCACAGCAUUGGAAAGAUCAGCUCUUCUCAAAACAAGCAGUACUCUAAACUGCUGUGUGGAUUGCUCAACAAACACCUGGACAUAUCCGCUGACAGGAUUUAUAUCAAUUUUUUCGACAUGGAUGCUACCAAUGUGGCGUGGAACAACACAACCUUUGGUUGAGGUGGAGGUCCUCCACGAAAACAUCAUUCCAGCUGUAUUGAAGAGUCACAAUGAAAUAGCACCUAGAAGCAAAAGCACCCGACGAUAACAGCUUGUCAAGGCACUUCAUGAUUACGCUUUAGGCUCUCAGCAGUUUAUUGACUGUAACGUUGCAAUAAAGAAAACUUUAUAGUCAAAA